CCUAAAACCCCUACGCUUACCUCGCCGCCGUCCGUUCUGCAGUUUGCAUCACUACAGACGCGAACCAAAUGUGGCGACAACCGCCCCUCCACCACUUCCUCCGCCGCCUGGUUCGUCAAUCCUCCGCCUUCCCUUCCUCCCCUCCUCAACCGCUUCUCCACUGUCAGAUUCUUCCUCCCGUCUUCCCCUCCUCCAUUUUCCGACCCUUUGCCUCUUCAUCCGCUUCCCCCUCCGACCUUGCUCAGUCCAUCUCCGCCGAGCUAGUCAAGAUCUCCUCCGCCGAUUCCUCUUCCUCCGUCCCUUCCCUCGACCUCCCCAGCUACUUCUCCCUCCAUUUCUCAGACGUUCGCUUCAACACCUCGUUACUCGCUGAGAUCCUCAAUCUCUCCCAUGAGGCUGGUCGAUCCGUCAUCGACCUCUACCGCUGGAUCGUCCGCUACCGCUCCUUCACCCCAUCCGACGCGUCCCUCUCCCUAGUCGUUCACUUCCUCGGCCGGCGCAAGGACUUCAAGGCCAUCGACAGCCUACUUUCCGAGUUCCGACGCACCGUCGGGCCCCUUGCCUUCCGGGCCUCCCUCGAACGCCUCGCCCGCGCCGGUCGUCACACCCAGGCCCUCCGCUUCUUUGAUGCUGCGCCUACCGAACUUGGCAUCCAAAGGGACGCAGCCGCUCUCUCGUCCCUGGUCUCCGCCCUCGUUGAACACGGAUUCCCUGGCCAUGCUGAGGGUGCGGCGAAGCAGUAUGCGACCGAGGUCUUCCCCGAUGAAGGGAUUUGUAACGCUCUGAUCCGGGGCUGGUGCAACGCUGGCAAGCUCGAGGAGGCCCGUCGGCUGAUGGGUGAGAUCAUUCGGGGAGGAUUUGAUCUUGGAACCCCUGCGUAUAAUGCCAUCUUGGAUUGUGUUUGCCGGCUCUGCCGGAAAAAGGAUCCACUUCGUCUGCAGCAUGAAGCUGAGAAGAUCCUCUUAGAGAUGGAAGCUUCUGGUAUACCUCGUGAUGCCGAGACAUUCCGCGUGCUCAUCUCUAAUCUAUGUAAGAUCCGGAUGACUGAGGAUGCCAUGAAAACAUUUAGGAGAAUGAGCGAAUGGGGGUGCUCACCUGAUGCAGAGACCUAUCUUGCCUUAAUCCGGAGUUUGUAUCAGGCUGCUCGAGUAUCCGAGGGGGAUGAGAUGGUUGGGUGGAUGCGAUCAGCUGGGUUUGGGGAUCAACUCGAUCGAAAGGCCUACUACGGCUUUGUUAAGAUUUUGUGUGGAAUUGAAAGGGUGGAACAUGCAAUGAAGGUGUUCCGGAUGAUGAAAGGGUAUGGGCAUGCUCCUGGAGUCAAAAGUUAUAGUUUGUUGAUUGAAAAGUUAGCUACACACAACCAAGGUGACAGGGCAAAUGCACUGUUCAAGGAGGCAGUUGCUCGGCGUGUGCCUGUCACACCAAAGGUGUAUAAGAUUGACAAGAGUUAUGUGAAGGUGAAGGAGAAGAAGAAGGUGAAAAAGAGGUUGACAUUCUCAGAGAAGAUGGCUAAGAAAAGGAGACGUCUUGAGAGGCUGAGAUUAAGCUUUGUGAAGAAGCCAAGAAAAAAUCGCAUGGCUAUUUAAUUGCUUAAGUGCAGGCUGGGCCAGGAUCGCCAAAGAAAGUAAAGAACUCUCCACCUUUCAGAAACGGCUGCGAUGCCUAUUAUGAAAAGGAAACCUCUUAUUUUGAAAUUCUCAUUAAAGUUGGAAGCAAAAGAAUCAAGUUAAUAGUUCUGUUGUGGGGGUGGUGGUGGUGGUUGUUGUCGUCUUUUCAUUCUCGAAUAAAUGAACGGCAAUUAAAAACUUGGACGACCUUUUUGUUCAAUUAUAUAUAUUCAUAACUGAUGCAAGUGCAUAUUCACUGGUU